UUGUCGCCGUUUCACAGAGAUUAGUCGGAGGCUCGGGGUUGGCGAGGUCCACCCACCGUGGCCCCGCGGCUAGGGCAAGACUUGUUUGCGUCCCCGACCUAGACCCAGGCCGCUCCAGGCUCCGCUUCCUCCACCGAGUCGGAUGGCGGCGGCCGCGCCCAGGGACUCGGCUGAGAAUUUGGUGGUUUCACUUUUUCUCCCUGGAAGUGUACAGUACUCCCUUGGGUCUUCAGUAUUAAAGGAUAUGGACCUCUUCGACGUGGAACCUGGAAUUACAUCCUCCAGAUCGCACUUAGUCACCCCAGUGGAGCAGAGGGCAGAUCCCCAGAUAGCUGACCAAGUGGAUAUGGCUCCAGCCACAGAAAGGAAGACUCGGAAGGGACCUGGACCUGGUGGUUGGUCUGCGGUGGAGGAUGAGGCCAUGUCCCCUGAGCAGAGUGUUUCUUUAGAAGGAGUGUCACCGGUCAGGACUCCAGUGGCAGGUCUGAAGCUCCAUCCCUGGGAUGUAUCUGGCUCAAUAUUGAAAGAAAUCUUAUACCCGACUGAAUACCAGGGGGAGGAAGCCAGGCUGGAACCACAUAGUGGUGGGGCCUGUUGGAAGCCUCCUGGGCUCAAGGCAAACGUCCAUCAGCACCACACUGCAGAGAAACCCUUCAGAAGAGAUGAGGACUGUGGCUCUGCGAAAAGCUGUGGAUUCUAUGUGCCAGAGAAGACCUGUACACACAGUGAGGAUAGAAGGGACUUUCCAGCCACUUCAGACCUUCUUCAGCACCAGGUCUCCCAUAUUAGGAUGAGGCCCCACAAGAGGACGAGGCCUGGGGGAGCCCUUCACCCUGGACAGCAGCAUCACAGGUGCUUCGAAUGUGGGAAAUUGUUCACCCGCAAAGACACGCUUACUCGGCACCAGAGAAUCCAUACUGGAGAAAGACCUUAUGAGUGCAGCAAAUGUGGGAAAUUCUUUAGCCAAAGCUGUGACCUUUUUAAACAUGAGACCAUACACACUGGAGAAAGGCCUUAUGAGUGCAGUGAAUGUGGGAAAUUCUUUAGACAAGUCUCUGGCCUGAUUGAACACAGGCGAGUUCACACUGGUGAAAGACUCGACCAGUGCAGUAAUUGUGGAAAAUUCUUUAGUAGUAAGUCCAACCUCAUUAGACACCAAGAAGUGCACACAGGGGCAAGGCCUUAUGUAUGCAGUACAUGUGGGAAAGAGUUCAGCCGCAAACACACACUUGUUCUGCACCAGAGGACUCACACUGGAGAAAGGCCUUAUGAGUGCAGCAAAUGUGGGAAGGCCUUUAGCCAAAGUUCCCACCUUAAUGUACACUGGAGAAUACACAGCAGUGAUUAUGAGUGCAGCCGAUGUGGGAAAGCCUUUAGCUGCAUCUCUAAACUCAUUCAGCACCAGAAGGUUCACUCUGGAGAGAAUCCUUAUGAGUGCAGCAGAUGUGGGAAAGCCUUUACCCAAAGGCCAAAUCUCAUUCGGCACUGGAAAGUUCAUACUGGAGAAUGGCCCUACGUGUGCAGCAAAUGCGGGAAAGAGUUUAACCGCAAACACACACUUGUUCUCCAUCAGAAGAUUCAUACUGGAGAAAAGCCUUAAUACCACAGCAGUUGCGGGAAAUCCUUUAGCCAGUAUCCCAACUUACUAUCCAUUUGCGAAUUCCUGGCAGCAGAGCUAGGACAGCCUUUACCAAGGACCAAACUUUAUCCAGCCCUGGAAAAUCCACACCAGACAAAGGCCUCAGCAGUACAGGGAAUGUGCCAUCUCCAUGUUCAGUGUAGCAGCUCUCGCCAGAGAGGAGCUGCGAGAGUAGGCUUUGUGAGGACACCAUUGUUCAGAAGUGGUACCUCACACGUAUGAA